GAUAUCACAUUUAGUUUAACGAUCAAACCGUUCAAACAACUAAUCAAAAUGAAAUUCAUUGUUGUUGCUUUGGCUUUGGUAGCCUGUGUUGUGGCUGAUGUUUCGGAGUUGGGUUAUGAUUAUCAUGCUCCCGCUCCUGUUGAACAUCACCAACAUCAUCAUGAACACCAUGAACAUGUUAUGAGUUUUGUUCCUGAAGUACCACAUAACACUUACAUUCCACCAGCUGCUCAUGCCCCAGCCCCUGCUCCUGAAUAUCACCCAGCUCCUGCCCCUGCUCCCGUCCCAGAAUACCAUCCCGCUCCUGCUCCCCAAAACACUUACAUUCCCCCUGCUGCCCCAGCUCCAGUACCAGAAUACCAUCCUGCCCCAGCUCCUGCUCCAGUUCCAGAAUACCAUCCUGCUCCUGUAGCUCCCCACAACGAUUACCUUCCCCCUUCUGGUCCAGUUGAAUCCUCAGCUGAUUUCGGUAAUGAUGGCUACCGUUACAAGUCUGUACGUCGUGUUGUCUACCGUCGUCGUUUCUAAACUGUUGUUUAAA